CCUUUAGCUGAAAUAUCCAGCAGUUGCUGAGGUUCCUGAGAUAAAUCAACAGGGUGCCCUGGAACGGGGAAUGGAAAACAGCUGCCGACUUUAGCUGGGCGCCUUGCGGGGAUUGGGGAAUUUUCUCCACAAGAAAAUCCGGCCACGUUGGGAUGAUCUUUACUUCUCCUGGGCGGCGAAAGUAAGGCGGAGAUCGCCGAUCGUAAUUACAUCUUGCUCCAGCCCGCCGGUCCGCUCGGAAACUUAACGAAACGCCGCGGGAUUGUGUGGCACUUUCACAGACAUUAACAAGGUGAACAGAAACUUUAUUCCAAACUCUCCGUCAGCGCCGCAAUCGGAGGAACUACCAAAAAUGAGUGUCCUUCCACCAGUUAGAAGAGACCGAAUUAUACCAGAGCUGCCCUCGUGUUUCACAAAAGAAGCUGCCCUCCACACACAAGAUGUAUUCAAUCCCAGAGUGAAGCGUGCCUGCCACAAUGACCGGACAGGAACAGUUGGGUUGAAGAUUUCCAAGAUUAUUGUGGUUGGGGACCUGUCAGUGGGAAAAACAUGUUUAAUCAACCGUUUCUGCAAGGAUGUCUUUGACAAGAAUUACAAAGCUACUAUCGGAGUGGAUUUUGAGAUGGAACGGUUUGAAGUACUAGGAGUCCCCUUCAGUUUGCAAUUAUGGGACACGGCAGGUCAGGAGAGAUUCAAGUGUAUCGCAUCAACGUACUACAGAGGUGCCCAAGCAAUAAUAAUCGUGUUUGAUGUUACUGACAUAGCAUCUCUGGAUCAUGUAAAACAAUGGUUAAAAGAUGCUCUCAAAGAAAACGACCCUGCCUCUGUACUGUUGUUUUUAGUUGGGACAAAGAAGGAUCUUAGUUCUGCUUCCCAGUACAACCUGAUAGAAAAAGAUGCUAUCAAAAUUGCCAAGGAAAUGAAAGCUGAAUAUUGGGCAGUGUCUUCCCUAACAGGAGAAAAUGUAAAUGAGUUCUUCUUCCGGGUUGCCUCCUUGACCUUUGAAGCCAAUGUAUUGGCUGAGCUGGAAAAGACUGGCCCAAGGAGGAUUGGUGACGUUGUUCGCAUCAACAAUAAUGAUAAAAACCUAUUUAGAAAUGGGAAGAAAUCUAAGCCUACCUGCUGUCAGUGAGUCGCACUGCCAACAUAAGUGGUUACCUGUUGCACUAUAAUUCCUACUUUAACCAAAGAUUUGUCACGCCAACAAAAUAUUGGCACCAACUGCUCACUGAUCACCUUCGUAAUAAGAAAACUUAUUUAAAAGCUGAUGGAAAGUGAGCAUCCGGCAGGGAAUCCUGCUUGAGAAUUUUCCCAAAUAAUUGCUGUUAAACCACUGCCAUUUAUGUUAAUCCCACAUCUCGCUAUCUGUGCCAGUGGAAGAAGUAACAUUAUGAUGUUCAAUACACACUUUGAUGAUGACUGGGUUAAAGUUGUUGCUGGAACCAGAAAGAAAACCAUUGUAGGUUUUUUUUUGACUCACUCAACUGUUAUAAUUAUCCUUUGACAUUACAGGAUAGGGAUUUAUUCCUAGCCACACACAUUAAACACAUGGCAUAUGGGCAUGGAAUUUACUUCUGAAAUUUGGUUCCAUUGAAGUCAAUAGAGUGGAAUUUGGGAGUGGAUUUCAACAUCACUGCCUUGUAUGUUUAGCACAUACGAAUGAGGAAAUAUUUUUAGUCCACCUCUCUGAUCCGAAAUUUCAAAAGUAAGGACAAUGUCCUGUCACUGUCCUACAUUUCUGUAGAUUUUCCUGAUUUUGUAUGUGGGACACAAGUAUGGGAAAAACAGUUACUUAAUAGCAUAUGCUCUGGAAGGAAGCCAUUUAAUUUCCUUUCUAUUUACAUUAAGGAAUGGGAAGUUGGGUGGGUGCCUUGGGGUCUGAGCAGUAUCCCACCUGAUUUUUUUUUCCCUAUAGUUACCACCCCUGUUGAUCCAAUAGCCUCACGUGCUAGACUAAGAUCACUGCCCAAAGUUUGACAGAAUGUGAAAACUGGGCAAGACUUCUGGUGACAACAAAUGUCCUCUGUAUUCCCAGUCUUGCAACUUGAACCAAAGCCACGUGAUGCCUGUAUGUACACAGCACUGACGUGGGGAGUUAUAGAAGCAAAAUGCAUCCUCUGUUUGUCAAACGUAUGACUUGUUAACAUCGACAGUCCAUUGACUUCUAUGGAACCAAAUUUCAGAUGUAAAAUUCCAUGCCCAUAUGCUACUAUACCAUGUGUUAAUUGAACACACACAAUGCAUUUAGCACAUGCAAUCAGUGAUAAAUUUCCACUCCUCUUUGUGUUUACAUGUUAGAAAGAUGCUGUUGCCACCUCUCGGACAUCUUUAACAAGUUUUCCAAUACCAUAAUAUGAUCCUUAAUUCUAUUAGCACAAUUCCAUACAAUGCAAUUCAUAAUGUAAAUAAUUUUGAGAUGACUUAACUGUAGGGUUAUUGGUAAAUAAAUACAAGGUACUACUUUUCCCUUUUAUAUGUUUAAGAUAGCCUUUUGCAACACUCACUUACAAAUGAAGUUUGAGCUGAAAUAUAAAGUGAAAUUACUCUUUCGUCCACUAAAAGGAUAUAUUUUUUCUUGAGAGUUAAGGUGCUUCGAGUAGUACUUCCUGGUCACCAAUGUUAUGGGUCCUUUACCCCUUGACAAUGACCUAGGAUUUCUGGGUCUCUCUCAAGGUACAGAGGGGAUGGUUUUGCAGAGUAGAGCAGUCAUUUAAAAGAAGUGGCAUAGGGAUUCAUUUCUCAUGAGAGCCUUGUCCCCUCGGGAGCUAGAAAAUGCCCUGAGUCUAGAUCCCCAUUGAUUGAAGGAGCAGGUUAGGGCAGGCAGCAGCACUGCAGGAAAGACUCUUUUCUUCUCGGAGAUCAGCUCUAAGCUUCCUAUUUUCUUUUGAAUAGUGGUCUCUCUCACUCUCAUAAUUCUAUGAAAAGCAGCACGCCGACUGAAGCAGCAUCACCAGUAUUUGUUUUGCCACUUUUCUGGAGAUAUUAAUGUACACUUUCUCUCUUUAGUCCAUGAUUUUUUUUUGCUUUGGCUAACUGUUAUUAAUUUAAUUUUUAAUAUUUGUUUCCUGAAGGAUGCACUGAAACAGAAGCUGGUACUUUGGGCAGUAUAAGUUUAAGAGCACCUGAACAGAGGGAGGACAUUUCAAGGCAAUUCCACCUUGAAGUCUUAUGCAGUUUUCACAUUCUGUCAAACUUUGGGCAGUGAUCUGCAGCUUAACUCUUCCCCCACCCACUUUGGUUCCAUAAUCCUUAAUAGCUUAGCCCAACCAAAAAUGACCAAUCUUGUCCGAUGCAGCCAGAUCUUCCAACGUGAGAAAUAAUUCCUCAGCUAACAGCUGGUUGAGUUUUACAAUGCUGUCUGCAAAUGAGCGCUGCAGAAAUUGAAAUGUCCAUUAAUCUUUGCAACCUGCAAGAGCCUUUAAUUAAAAUAUAAGUUGUGCAGGCUGUGGUUUGCCCAUAUAAAGCAUAUAGAAUAAAUUCAUACUCAUGGAAAGAACUAUUAGUUAAAACAAGUCCAGCAGAGUAUUCUUUCAGUAUACGUUAAUCAGGCUUAACCUGGAUUUACUUGUCUUCAUGGUUAAACCUGUUCUCUUCAGCUUCCUACCUUUAAACUUUAAAGUUAUUGUAUCUAUGCUAUUAGCAGGUCAGUGCUAUGGCAAUAAAUGGUGCAGGGCAGCUCGUGAUUAAGUACUUCGAUGGAUUGUUAGAGGAGGCAGUUUUCAUUCAAUGUCUAACCCUCCAAGAAUGCAGGAAGCAUCAGAAAAAUAUGUGGGUUCCCCCGCAUGUUUGCCUCAUGUUCCAAAGUAUUUCUAAUGCCAAUGUGACACAGUCUAUGUGACUCCCCCCUCCACCAC